AUGUUAUUUUCAACGAUGAAUAAUAAUAAUAAUAAUCCAUUAAAUUAUUAUCGAGAGUCAAAUUUCACUCACUGUCAGGAUAUAUGUUUUAGUGAUUUGAAUAAUGAUUCAUGGAAAUGGGAUCUAUUAAAUAUGUCAUCGAAUUUAUUCAAAGUUGAGACGAUCGCACCAACAAGUCAAUCAUUAUCAAUGCAUUCUUCAGUGAGUGGUUCAACAUUAUAUCCAGUUGAAAAUUUUGAAAAAGCCAAUACAGAUAUUCAGAAAACAAUUAAAGAGAAAAACAUUUUUAAUGAAUUAUCAAUACAAAAGAAUCCUGAAUAUGUCAAUCAGUCUAAUAAUAAUAAUAAUAAUAAUAAUAAUAAUAAUAAUAAUAAUAAUAAUAAUAAUAAUAAUAAUAAUAAUAAUAAUAAUCAACCAAUUGAUUUAACAAUGAAUCAUCAUCAUCACAAUCGUCAUGAGAGUCAAUUAAGUUAUGAGCAUACAACAUCAUUGUUUUAUUCAAAAAUGGAACAUAAUGCAAAUGAACAAUAUAUUAAUAGAAUAUAUCCUGAUAAUUCAAAUCAUAAUGAUUCUAUAAUACUUCCAUGUUUAUUAUGUAAAACUAUUCAACAAUCUCCAUAUCAAUUAUUAAAUCAUUUAGAAAAUAUUCAUAAAAUCAAUUCAGAUCAAUUUACAAUUGAACAUAGAAAUCAUGAAAAUAUUCCAGGAACAAUAUUUAACAUUGAACAACAACAACAACAGCAGCAAAUUGAUUCAUCAUUAAAACAAUCUAAUGUAAAUCAUAAAUUAAUUCAUACUGAUUUGUAUAAAUAUUCUAAAAAUUUUACAAAUUAUUUCAAUCUAUUUAAUUUUAUAUAUAAAAAUUUAUUUUAUUCUUAUCAUAAGAAGAUUGAUGAAAUGGAAACAAUCACAUCCAAUUAUUUCAUAUCACCUAAAUAUAUAAACAAUCAAUUAGUUCAUGAUAAAAAGGAUCAGUUAGUACAAGUUGAACCAUUUUCUAAUGUUGAUCUUAAUCAAUUAAGUAUAUUGGAUGAAAAUAAUCAUCAGAAUAAUUCAAUAAAUGAAAGUGUUAUAUCCUAUGAAUUAUCUUUAGAUCAAAAUUCAUUUUAUUGUUUAAAUAGAGAUAAAAAGUCUACGAAACAAUACAAUAUAACUUAUAAUUCUAAAGAUAUUUCAAAGAAAACUUCUUAUCUGAAUCGACAUUUUAUUAAUCCAAUUAACCAUACUAAUAAAAAUAAUAAUACUGGGAUGAACAAACAAUCAUCCAAAUUAAUAGCUCAUUUAAGACGUGAUAUAUGUGAAUAUUGUGGUAAAAUAUUUCGAAAUUGCAGUAAUUUAACUGUACAUCGACGUAUACAUACAGGUGAAAAACCAUAUCAUUGUAAUAUAUGCACAUAUUCAUGCGCUCAAUCAUCAAAAUUGACAAGGCAUAUGAAAAUACACAAUAAACAACAAAAAAUUUGCAAAGUAAAAACAUCUAAUUCCGAAUAUUCAGUGAAACAUUUAAAUAAAACAAAAAAUAAUUGUAAACAAUGUAAUAAAAGUUUAACAUCUCAAAUAUGA